GGGGAAGUGCCUGCUUUCGCUUACUCUCUCUGGCCUGCGAGCGCUGUGCUGAGUGAGUCAGCUGCGCGCAGCCGCUGGGCACAUCUGGGUGAGCAGCGACCGGGGCGCAAGCCGAUUCUGCAGAUCGCUGACAGGAUGUGUGACAGGAAUGGUGGGAGACGGCUCAGGCAGUGGCUGAUCGAACAGAUCGAUAGUGGGAUGUACCCAGGACUGAUCUGGGAAAACGAAGAAAAAAGCAUGUUCCGGAUCCCGUGGAAACAUGCUGGAAAACAGGAUUACAACCAGGAGGUGGAUGCUUCUAUAUUCAAGGCUUGGGCAGUUUUCAAAGGGAAAUUUAAAGAAGGUGACAAAGCCGAGCCAGCCACUUGGAAAACGAGGCUACGCUGUGCUCUGAACAAGAGCCCGGACUUCGAGGAGGUGACGGACAGGUCCCAACUGGACAUCUCGGAGCCAUACAAAGUGUACAGGAUCGUCCCAGAGGAAGAGCAGAAAUGCAAAGCGGGUAUUGCUAAUGGAGGCAGCUUGAAUGAAGCCACUGACAUGGACUGCAGUCCUUCUGCAAUAGAUGACCUAAUGAAAGAGUCCCCCGUUGUAGACGAAUACCUUGGUAUAAUAAAGAGAAGCCCUUCCCCACCUCAGGAGAAUUGUAGAAACCCUCCAAUACCAGACUGGUGGAUGCAGCAACCUAGCCCUGCAGCUGUGUCCCUGAUGAAUGGGUACUCCGGCUAUGAACCGCUGCAGUCAGUGUACUCGCAGAUGGUGAUCAGUUUCUAUUAUGGAGGGAAGCUGGUUGGCCACACUACUACCUCAUACCACGAAGGCUGCCGAAUUUCCCUGAGCCACGCCCCUGCCCACUGUGACAAGCUGUAUGGCCCGGAUAGCCUGGAGCACGUGCAGUUCCCUUCUGCCGACGCCAUCCCGAAUGACCGCCAGAAGCACAUCACCAAGAAGCUCUUCGGGCACCUGGAACGGGGGGUGUUGCUGCAUAGCAACAAGCAGGGUAUCUUCAUCAAGAGGCUGUGCCAGGGGAGAGUCUUCUGGAGUGGAAACAAUGUGCUGUACAAGGACAGGCCCAACAAGCUGGACCGGGAUGAGGUGGUCAAAAUAUUCGACUCCAACCAGUUUGUCCGAGAGCUGCAACAGUUCUACAGCAGCCAGGGCCGUUUCCCUGAGAGCAGGGUCCUGCUGUGCUUUGGCGAAGAGUUUCCAGACACAGUUCCUUUACGCUGUAAAUUAAUCCUGGUGCAGGUUGAGCAGCUGUGGAUUAGGCAGCUGGUGGAAGAGGCAGGAAAGGUCUACAGCAGCGGCCCGAUGCUUCCGGUAGCUGAUGAGACCCAGCAUGACCAAAUAUUCAGGAUCUUCCAAGAUAUCUGCGGGACACACCAAAGACCUCUGUUUAGAGAAAAUCAACAGAUCACUGUCUGAGUGCUUUUUUAAAUAAAUAAUGGUGGGGUUAAAUUAGACCCUGGUUGGUCCCAACACUGUUUGAAUUCCCCCGUGGAAAACAUUCUGAUUUAGAAUCUAGAUGCCCAUGGCUGUUCUUUGUUGUUGUUUAAAAUAAACUCAGCAAUUAACAUUUUUUCAUUUGUGAACAAAGCAACUAGACCAGAACGGUGAAUUCUGGCUACACUUUAUUUAUAUGGAUGGCUUUUGAGCCAUUCUUUGUCUUCAUCUACUGCUAACGGCAAGUGGAUGAGGAAAGUUUCUUGAGUGUUGUGGGAGAAUGACUAGAAAGAUCGGCAGUGCUAGUAUAAUAUAUUGAGGCUGUCACAGAACUGCUCUUCUUAGUGUCCGUGACCCAUCUGGCAGUCAGAACACUUAGGAGCAGAUCCUCAGCUCAGUUGUAGUCAAUGGAGCUAUGAUGACUUACAGCUGCUGAGGAUCUGCUGCUGCCAUUUCAUCCUCUUUUCCGAAAACCUCAGUUUGGGAAGAACUGAAGCUUGUGAAAGACUUUAAAAUUCUCAGAGAUACUGGAAUGUCACCAGGGAUCAGGUCGUCCCACUGACUUCCAAACAGAGUUUGCAAUACCACUGAUGGUAAAAGACAACAGAAACCUUUUUUAGAGCAAAUAUCCUUUAGCAUCCAAAGGACCCGCUCCUGAAGUAACUUCGUUUGCCUUUAUGACUGAGGGUUUUUUUUUUGUAUAUUGAAGUAUUUUGUAAUUUGGAAAUAAAUCCCAACAUUAUUUGUAAAUAUUGAAUGUAGGAAAUGAUCAUUUUAAUUGUCUUAGCCAAAGAGAUAGAGUUUUUAUAUAUGUAAAUGCAAAAUAGUAAAAUGUUGUGUUUAGUUGGCUUUAGCCUCAAAAAUGCAUGUGCCUGACCUCCAAUGUGUGUGCAAGUUGUGUGCCUGCUACGGUAUGCGUGUGCAUGUCCCGACUUAACACCCGUCAUCAUGCUUUCUAUGCAUGUGCAUCUAGGGAGUGGGAAUUUUUAAGAAAUAGGGUCGUGUGCCUUACAACUGAAAGCCCAAAGCCAAUACUAUGUGUAUCUCUCUCUGCUUGGCUGAGUAUUUAUUUUAUGCCUCUUUUAAAAUGGUUUUGUAAUUUGUAUCUUGCAAAUAAAGUGCUCUAUUUUGUA